CCCCAGGCCUCCGGCCCGCCCCAGCCUAGGCGGAUCGCGGCGCCAUUUCCUGUCCAAAGCUGGGCGCGUCAGGGAUUCCGGUUCACAAUGGAUGCUGAUCAAGAGAAGGAUUUGCAGAAAUUUCUUAAAAAUGUGGAUGAAAUCACCAAUUUAAUUCAGGAGAUGAAUUCUGAUGACCCAGUUGUGCAACAGAAAGCUGUCCUGGAGACAGAAAAGAGACUGCUGCUUAUGGAGGAAGACCAGGAGGAGGAUGACUGCAGGACCACCUUGAACAAGACUGUGAUCAGUCCUCCACAGACUACUAUGAAGAGUGCAGAAGAAACAGACUCAGAGGCCUUCUUGGCAUCUGUGGAGAAGGAUGCAAAGGAACGAGCCAAGAGAAGGAGGGAAAACAAAGUCUUAGCAGACGCCCUAAAAGAAAAGGGGAAUGAAGCAUUUGCUAAAGGCGAUUAUGAAACAGCCAUCCUGCGCUACAGUGAGGGUUUGGAGAAGCUGAAGGACAUGAAAGUGCUGUACACCAACCGAGCCCAGGCUUAUAUGAAACUUGAGGACUAUGAGAAGGCACUGGUGGAUUGUGAAUGGGCUCUCAAGUGUGAUGAAAAAUGCACAAAAGCGUAUUUCCACAUGGGAAAAGCCAACCUGGCCCUGAAGAACUACAGUGUGUCUAGAGAGUGUUAUAAGAAGAUCUUAGAAAUAAAUCCCAAGCUGCAAACCCAGGUGAAAGAUUACCUGAAUCAAGUAGAUCUUCAGGAAAAAGCAGACCAUCAAGAGAAGGAAGCCCACAAAUUGCUGGAUUCAGGAAAGAACACAGCUGUGACCACCAAGAACCUCCUGGAAACCCUUUCCAAGCCUGACCAGAUCCCCCUGUUCUACGCCGGGGGGAUUGAGAUCCUGACUGAAAUUAUAAAGGAGUGCACAGAACAAACUUUAUUCAGAACGCACAAUGGAUUUAGUAUCAUCAGUGACAACGAGGUCAUAAGAAGGUGUUUUUCCACAGCAGGAAAAGAUGCAGCUGAAGAGACGGUCUGUGUGUCUGUUCUCAAGCUCUGGCAAACAGUGUGCAGUGGGAACGAGGAAAACCAGCGUGUGCUAGUGAUGGACCCUGACAGAGCCAGGCUGCUGGCCGCCCUCUUGUCCUCCAGGGUCCUGGCCAUCCGGCAGCAGAGCCUGGCCCUGCUGCUGCAGCUCGCCCAGACUGAGAGUGGACAGAGCCUGAUCAUCAGCCACCUUGACCUGACCAGAUUCCAAGUCUGGUUCCAGGCCAACCUUCCAGGUGUUCUCCCUGCACUCACAGGCGUUCUGAAGAGAGAUCCCAAGGUAGGCAGCUCCUCAGCUCUGUGCCAGUGCAUUGCCAUCAUGGGAAACCUCAGUGCUGAGCCUGCCACCCGAAGACACAUGACAGCCUGUGAGGAAUUUGGAGAUGGCUGCUUGAGCCUCAUGGCCAGGUGUGAGGAGGAUGUGGAUCUGUUCAGAGAGGUUAUCUACACACUCCUGGGACUCCUGAUGAACCUGUGUCUUCAGGCUCCCUUUGUCUCUGAGGUUUGGGCUGUGGAGGUGAGCAGAAGGUGCCUAUCUCUACUAAACAGCCAGGAUGGAGGAAUCCUGACAAGAGCUGCUGGUGUUCUGAGCCGGACCCUUGCUUCCUCUCUGAAAGUUGUUGAGGAGGCCUUGCGAGCAGGAGUGGUAAAGAAAAUGAUUAAAUUCCUGAAGGCAGGAGGCGAGACUGCAUCACGUUAUGCUGUAAAGAUACUAGCUAUCUGCACGAAUAGUUAUCAUGAAGCUCGGGAAGAAGUAUUAAGACUGGAUAACAAGUUGGGCAUUAUGAUGAAGCUGCUCAGCUCGGAGGAUGAGGUUCUGGUGGGCAACGCUGCCCUCUGCCUUGGUAACUGCAUGGAGGUGCCCAACGUUGCAUCUUCCCUGCUGAAGACAGACCUCGUGCAGGUCUUGUUAAGGCUCGCAGGCAGUGACACGCAGAAGACAGCUGUGCAGGUGAACGCAGGCAUUGCUCUGGGGAAGCUGUGCACAGCUGAGCCCAGAAACACUCCCACUUCAUGUUCUUUGCCUCAGCCUAAACAAGUGGAGAAAUGGCCAGCAAGGGUCACACGUUCAUGCAGGAAAAAACAGAGUGGAGAAGCAAAGACACAGAACAGCGCAUCGAGGCCCCCAGCGAGUUUGCUGCUCAACUAAGAAAGCUUCAUGGCCUAGAAAUUCUCAACUCCACGGUGAAAUACAUCAGUGAUUCUUGAGAGA